GCACAAGUGACAAGAAAUAAAAAGUCGCUAGGAUGAAUUUUAAAAACAAAAAACGAACUUAUAAAAUUUACAUUCAAUGGGGAUAACACACGAACAACGAUAACAUACACAAACAAAACCCUUAAAAAGACACAAAUAAAAGUCGCUAUUGAAAUAUCAUUCCCCAACCAAUUACCAAUAAAUAUCAGCAGAAAAACAAAGGGACAGGUGACAAUUGCUUUCUAUCAUCAAAACAUGUCAUUUUUCUACCCUAACAGCUCUCACAAUGGUCCAUUUUACUUUCGUUUCACGUUUUAUGAGCAGCCGGUAUCAAAAACAGGUGCGAUGCUUGUCUCAGGUCUGAGCUGGAAUUGAAAAUCAGUUUUGCUCUUCACCUCGCCAAACCAAUGCAAUAAAUCAAAACCUUAUCUAGGUCCUCUUUAACAAAUGAACACAAAACGAGACGCUUGUUGUAUGUCGGUGAGAAAUAUUGUGUUACUUUAAUGCUUCCGUAUUACCUUCGAACGGUUCGACUGUAAGUUCAGUACACAUGCACACUCCCGGAGCCCGGUCGAAGAAUUUCCCCGCUUUUCUAUCGUGUGCGUACCAAAUUAUUCGGCUCCAUCCAUCGGCCACCGCAAAACAACGAAGAAAAAAACAAACCCCCCCCCAAGGGAAAGAGUGAGGAGAAAGAAAAGCCCAAACGUACAGCGCGAAAGCUCACCCUGAGGCCGGGCCUGAACUGCCGAACGGUGUCAAGAAAGUGGAGAUCAAAGCGAAGAUCGAAACACAGCAAAACGAUCGCACGCGGAAAAGGAAUCGGUGGCUCGGAGAGGUCGUAAACCGUACGCUACUACACACUCGAACACUGGGUGGAUGGGUCCAAAGGGGAUGGGAAAACUCCUCUCCCCGCAUGGAAGGGGCUGGAGAUCGGCGCGAAAAUGUUUCAAAAUUUUGUACACCCUCCCGGGGAAGGUUUAUUCAUUGGCCAGCGCUUGCCCGGGACGGAAGCCGUGUUGUGCUGUGGGUAACGAAACAGCGGAAAAAAGGUUUUAGACAACGCACGACGACGAAGCGUGUUCGUCGCGUCACAGUGACUUAGAAAAAAGGGGUUUGCCACCUUUCACGCGUGUACGGUGAACGCGGCAAGCAGUGUGUAAAACGUGCAUGUGCUGGGUGCCAAAGAAAAACGGGAUCCCAAGACGCGAACAAAGCACAACAAAUCUAAUCAAAGUGAAAAUCCUUGUUCUGGAAAACUACCCGAACAAAUUAUAAAACUAUUAGCGAGUGAUUGAGUGUGUGUUUGCGGGUGUGCGUGAGUGUUCUGGUGAAAACGCUGCUGGGAAAACACGUUUGAGAUCCACGCAGAGAGCAAAAAGGCACCGGGUCGGAACGUGCUAGACACAGCGACAAACCUUCCCUACAAAGAUUGAAAAGGUGGAAAUUAAUUUUCACGUGUGAACGUGUGCUGUACGUGUGUAGCAUUGUGGAAGCGGAAUUCUGUGCGCGCUGCCGGAAAAACCGACUCCCGGGUUCCUUGACAUCCACAGGCAAGACGAACGUGCGUUGCGAGUGACGAAGAACAAAAAAAGCACGAUGCGAUCCUUGUGGUUGUUUCUACUGGUGGCAGCGCCACUGGUACUGGCCGAGGAUAAGCUUAAAAAGCCCAACCCCGCCGUUGCGCCAGCGGUGGCCUCCACGUCCAAGAUCGCCGACAGCGUUGCCAGCCCCAGCGUGACCGAGUACAAAAAGACGCUCAUCCGCAAGCCGAAGCGUUCGAACGGUGAGAUUCCGCUGCUGAUCAUCCGUCCGGUGGACAAACGGCGCAAGAUCUACUUCAAGGAGCCGACGGUGAAGAUCGCUUCCGGCGGUGUGGCCACGUAUGGCACCUAUCCUGAGCUUCAUACGAACGACGGUGAGAUGUUUACGCUCGAGCACAUGCUGCCGAUCCUCAGCCUGGAGGGCAUGCUGAAAGGGUUCUCCAAGCACGGUCCGAACCACUUCGUACCCUCGCCACAGUUCAAACCGUCCGACAUCCAUCACCUGGUGGCGCCCCAGAAGACGAAGGAAGAGUAUCACCAUCAGCUCGCGCCGCUAAAACCAAGCCAGCUGCUGUCCAUCUCGCACAAACCGGCUGAGGCCGUGCCGGCCCAGACGCUACCAUCGCCGCCGCCCCCGAACUACGUACCGGCCGUAAAUUCUGAAGAUCAGCUACUGAAACUUGGUCAACCACAGCCUUCCUUUUCGCCCCUGGUACAGGACAAGCCGGCGUUCGUCAAGCCCGAGCAGCUGCCCGCCAGCUUCAACUUCAAGGUGCAGGAGGAGGUCGGCCACUACAAGGUGAACGCGAUCCCGCUGUCGAAGCCGCCGGCGGCGUCCGAGCCGCACCACCAUCAGCACCACCAUCCGGCCCAUCAGCAGCACCAUCACUUCGGGCAGCCGACCGCCGGGGGCGCCACCAGCUACGUCGGCAGCCAGCAGGGUAAGUCGCCCCAGCCGCCCCAAUCGCAACCGCUCUACAUCCAUGCAGCGCCACCGGCCACCGACCACCACGCGUCCAGUGGCAGCAAGUGGCAGGAGGUCGUCCCGAAGAAGUCCCCGCAGGUGUCCGUGUCCACCAACUUUUACCAUCCGAAAACGAUCGUCACCGAGCAGGAGCAGUCGCAGCACACGAAGGCGUACGCGCAGGCCCAGCAAGCGGUUGCAGCCCCGCCGUCCCAACAACAGCCAACCGUGCAGACGCAUCUGAGCUACUACUUCCCGAAGGAAGAGUCGGCACCGCAGUCGGCCCCGGUCGCCCACCACCAGCACGGCCAGCAGUCGGCGACGUCGUACAGCAAUGUGCAGGCGAGCGGUAGUGCACCGCCCGGCGACCAUCUUGCCGACACGCCCGCCGAAAAGCCAAUCCACAAGACGUACAGCUCGCACAUUAAGCAGAAGUACCAGAAGCAGCACCAUCAGCAGCCGCACGUCUUCAUCCAGAAGUACUUCGAGUUCCCGUCCAAGCCCGGUACGCACCAGAAGAACGUCGUGAGCGAGUUCCACGGUUCGCACGGUAACGAGACGUCCGACCAUCAGCAUCUGCCCGAGCCGCAGGCCUACGCCGCGCCCCAGUAUCUGCCACUGCCCCAGCCGCAGGCCCUUCAUCAGCCACAGCACACGGUCAAUGGUGGUCCGGGGGCCCAAACGCUUCACCUGCAGCUGCACCACCCUGUACAUCAUCCGGUGCACCAUCCGAUGCAUCACGGUGGACCUGCUCAAAGCUACUGGAAGUUUGGGCGUCGCAACCAGGACACGACCCAGGCAGUCAAACCAGUGGUAGAGCACACGAACGAGCCGGACCAUCACGAUAGCCAGCAUGCCGGUUCGGUUCUGCGCCCGGUCAAGCACACGACAGUGACCAUCGGAACAAGCACAGAGUCGGCCCCAUCCACCGGCAAGGACACCAAGGACGGACAGCCCCAGGCUCAGGAUCGUAUCGAUCAGGGUGCGCCGUCGACCAAUGGGACUGCCAGUGCGUCCACCAGUGCACCGACCCGAACGCCCAAGCAGAUCCAGCACGGCUGCGAACGGCGCUGCAUUCGCAACACGGUCGCCCAGGCGUACGAGCCCGUGUGCGGCACGGACGGUGUGACCUACUCGAACCGGGGCAAGCUGCGCUGUGCCCGAACGUGCGGUAAUGACGAUCUCGAGAUACGAUCGUACGGCGAAUGUUCCACGACCUCGCGGAACGCAUAAUUGACCUGUGUCGGCACAAACGGGCCCACAGCAGAUAGUUUCAUUUCCGCUUUCACUCAUUCACUCAGGCUGCCGGCAGAAGUAGUGGUUACCCUCGAUUAUGGAGCCCGUGUGGAACGGAAAUGAUGCUGCCAACAACACACACCUGCGGCGGGGCAUGGUAAACUCUUAAACGGUGAAACAAUAUCGAUUGCCGCCUGAUCCAUUGCCGUGUUCAUCUUUCCUGGGGGUUUAUUCCUCCUCCCGCCGUAAACUGUUUAAAUAUCGAUCGGGAAAAUUCGAUCGCUUCGAGCGCGGGCAAUCUGAGAGCGGAGUGAUUGGGUGGAGAGUGAGAGAGAGAGAGAGAGAGAGAGAGAGAGAGAGAGAGAGAGAGAGAGAGAGAGAGA